AUGCACACCAAGACCACGAAAUUCCCGAGCAUCAUCAGCAGUCGCACCGUUGCUAUGCGGUCAGCGGCGGUCGGCGUUAGCAAGACUGGAAAAAACUGCACUAAAAAGAUUGAUCGGUGGCUGCGAGCGCGGCCAGCCACCGCGAUCACCAUGCUCGCCAGGGUGCGCAAAUCGUUCCAGUUUGGAACCGACCUCUGGGAUCCAUCCUCGAGGUUCGAGACCUCAUGGCUCCUACCGCCCUUCCUUCUCUUUGCGAUCCGCGCAGCCAUUGGUCUCUACAUCCUCAUCACGCGCCUCCUCAUCAUCGGCAAAACCUGCAGCGACGAAGGCUGCGCCCUCGUCCGCCAAGAGUUCUCCUACUUCACCGUCCUCACGUACUGGGGCCUCGGUUUCUACUUCCUCAUCGCCGCCGCCCACACCCUCACCUACGCCCUCACGGCCCGGCCCUUGCUCGACCGCUUCCCGCGACCCCUCCAGGCCCUCCACAGCCUCUACUACACCACCGUCACCACCUACCCUUUCCUCGUCACCAUCGUCUACUGGGCCAUCCUGUACGAAGGACCCUGGCCCGCCAACGUCUUUGAGGGCUGGCGGAACCUCUCCCAGCACGGUCUCAACGCCGUCUUCGCCCUCUUCGAGGUCAUCUUCCCCCGCACGAAUCCCUUCCCCUGGAUCCACGUCCUCUGGCUCAUCGUCAUCCUCGCCCUCUACCUCGCCCUCGCCUUCAUCACCCACGCCACCAAGGGCUUCUACCCGUACAGCUUCCUCGAUCCCGGCCCGGACGGCCCCGGUGGUCGCGGCUGGGUCGCCGUUUACAUCAUCUGCAUCCUCGUCGCCGUCAUCGUCAUCUACGUCGUCAUCAAGGCCAUCAUCUGGUUCAGGGUCUGGGUCACUGAAGGCAGGAUGCACAUGGACGGCAAGUUUACGAAUCAGCGCCGCCACGCCGAUCCCGACGCCGAGAUGGCGACCGUGCAAAAGUAA